AUGACGGUCUCUGUAGAAAACCUCAUCUCAUCUCUGGAGAAUGAGAGCAAAAGAGGCGGUAAGAGAAAGAAGAAGAGGAGCCCAGACCUGACAGAGUCUGAGGACGACAAACUGAGCACCCCACAAAAUGUGCCCACACACGUGCAAAGAGAGGAUGAGAGGAAGAGAGGCGGUAAGAAGAAGAAGAAGAGGAGCCCAGACCUGACAGAGUCUGAGGACGACAAACUGCACACUGCACACAAUUUGCCCACAUGUGUGCAAAGAGCUGCAUUCGAGGCUAAAUAUCAACAGCAGGAGAAGCUCGGCGAAGGAGGGUGUGGAUCUGUGUUUGCUGGCUAUCGCAAAGCAGAUCAUUUGCCUGUUGCCAUCAAAUACAUCCCGAGCGACAAUCAGUGCAUCAAACACGUUGACGAGCAUGGGAAUACGCUCUCUGUGGAGGUCGCCAUCUUGUUGAAACUGGCGGCCAAAACAAGUGGCUCAGCGGCCUCCUCGGCACCUGUGUCCCUACUGGACUGGUACGAUCUGGAACAGGAGCUGAUCCUGGUGCUGGAGAGACCAGUCCCCUGCAUGGACAUGGCUACGUACAUCUGGUUAAAGGGAGGCUCCUUACAAGAGGAAGAGGCCAAGAUCAUCCUGAAACAGCUGGUUGAUGCAUUAAUUGAUCUUGAGGAUAAGAGCAUCUUUCACCGGGACAUCAAGGCGGAAAAUAUCUUGAUUGAGACCGGCUCGGAAGUCCCGCGAGUUCGCCUCAUUGACUUUGGACUGAGCUGCUUCGUGAAGAGAGGAGCCAGUUACCGCGUCUACUACGUUACCCCUAAUCUCAUCCCUCCGGAGUGGUAUUAUAGUCGACGCUACAGUGCCGGCACCACCACAGUGUGGCAAGUUGGAGUGGUCGUGUUUCAAACGUUCCACAGGAAUGCAUUUUUUGAGACCAUCGCGGUACUCCAGAAUGGCUUGACGUUCAACAAGAGGAUGUCCGAAGAUUGCAAGGAUUUCUUGCAAAAGUGUCUGACUGAAGACCCCGAACAGCGCCUGACCCUGGGGCAGCUCAAGCAGCACCCAUGGCUCAGAUAA